CCCGGAAGUAACCCCCUCAAGUCCUUCCUGCAUCAAGACCGGCAAGAUGGCAGCGGACACGCAGGUUUCAGACACGCUGAGGAAAUUUGCAGCAAAAGUGACCACAGCAAGUGUGAAGCAGCGAAAGGAGAUAUUUGGAGAGCUGAAACAGUGUGUAAAGGGCAAAGAGUUACCAGAACCUGCCAUCAAAGGACUAUGCAAGCUCUUCUGUCUCACGCCUCACAGAUAUCGGGAUGCUGCAUCACGCAGAGUGCUGCUUUCUGUCAUCAGCCAGCUGGCUGAGAGUCAGCCGGACUUCCUGGUGACCAGUCUCCUUCAUUGCCUGCUCAACAGUGGAAUCAUCAGCAAAAGCGGAGAGCCCAGUAAAAGCACAGGCUCUGCUGCCUUCAUUGGCCUGUCAUGGACAAUCCAGUUAGUCUCAUCUGUGUAUUCUGCCCCAGAGGAAAGAGAAGGACACCUCUGGAAGAAAAUGGUGGAGGUUCAGAGCCUUCUUGUGGCUGAGGUUGUGGGUGGAGCUAAGACCAUCGCUCAGAAAUCCAGUCUCAGAAAUCUCAAUCACCUCUGGGUGGAAAACCCUGGACUGGUGGAUCAGUACAUCAGCACACUCUUGAUUCUGGACCAGAACCCUACAACUCUGGUCCUGCUGGGGGUGUGUUUAGACUUCUGCUCUGCUCAGAAAGACAAAGCCACUAUAGAGAAGCAUAGGAGUGCCAUGUUGGACUUGUAUAUAAAAUCAGUCCUUUUGAGCAAGACAAAACCACAGCAGCACAUUUUGAACAAAAGCAGCUCCUUGAUGCGUCAUGUGACUCACUCUGAGUUCAAGGAGCUGCUGCUCCCCACCCUGCAGAAGACAAUGCUCCGCAGUCCAGAGAAUGCCAUACAAACCCUUUCCUGUCUGCUGUCUGCCGUAACUCUUGACCUCAGUCAGUACGCGAUGGACAUCGGAAAGGCCAUAGCAAGCCAGCUGAAAGCCAAUAAUACCCAGCUGAUGGAAGAGGCGGUCCAGGCCAUGCAGAACCUGGCCCAGCAGUGCAGUGAUCCCACCGCUGUGCAGGACAUCAUCACACACCUCUUUAAGAUUCUCGGAGGUUCAGAAGGAAAACUCACAGUUGUAGCUCAGAAGAUGAGCGUGUUGUCAGGGAUCGCCAGCUGCAGCCAUCAUGCUGUGUCAGGAACUUCGAGCCAGUCUCUCAGUUCUGCGGUCACUGUGAUGUUCAUCCCAUAUUUACAGCAAGAAGUUCACGAGGGCACCUUAGUGCACACAGUUUCCGUGCUCUCACAGUGGAGUAGUCGUCUGACAGUAGAAGUUCCCUCUGCUCUCUUGGAUUGGUUUAAGAAAGCCUUCACCCUGAAGACCUCCACCUCUCCGGUCAGACAUGCAUACCUCCAGGCCAUGGUUGGGGCCUUCAAAGGUGACACUCUGGCCCAGGCCUCUAACCUCAUGCCGUUGCUUCUCCAAACGGUGGAGAAGGCACUGGCCCAAAACUCCCAGCAUGCUCUGCUUGCAGAAGGAGUGGCAGCUUCUGUUCUUUUGAGUCGACUGGCUCUACUGGAGGCACAAACAGAAGCAAAAUUCAGCAACUUCUGGAAUGUGAUAUUAGAUGAGAAGAAGCCACUGUUCACCACAGAGAAAUUCCUCUCUCAGGCCAGUGAAGAAACUCUGCUUACAAUGCUGCUGCUCUGUGAGAGGCUCUUCUUGGACCACGCCCACAGACUUAACACCAGCAAAUCACAGAUGUAUCAUCACACCACUGUUGCAAUCCUGCUGUCUCGGAGCUGGCGUCUAAGGAAGAAGGCACAGCAGACAAUCAGAAAGCUGCUCUCUUCUCUGGGUGGAUCGAGUCUUGCCCAUGGCCUCCUGAGAGAACUCUGUGUGGUCAUCAACAAACAUAAAGUUUUACCCCAGGACGCUUUGGUGUCAGAGUCAGGAGAGCUGACUGAUCUGGGUAAAAGCUAUGUUCCUCCUCGGGUCCUGCUGGAAGCGCUGUGUGUAGUUUGCUCUGCUGCCAGCCAAUGGAGCGACCCUGUGGAAGCAGAGAAACUAGCCAUGGACCUACUCAUCAUCACUCACCAUCCAUCCAUAUUUGAAGCUCGUCAAGGUCUGUGGCCUAUUCUGCUCUCAUCCAUGAACAUAAAAACAGAAGAGUUUAUCGAAAAGAAGAUGGAGCUGAUUCUGCCACAUCUGCUGGAGGCCGAUGCUGACAACCAGGCGGCAAAAAAUGCUGUUGGCGCCCUCUGUGUCCUCUCUCCAAACAAGAUGUUACCACGGGUGAUCAGUCGCAUCAUUGAGGGACUUUCCCAAACUGCCUUACUUCAGGUCACCAGGCAGGAGUAUGCCAUCAUGCUGACACCUGAGGGAGAACUAUACGACAGCAGCAGCAUUCAGAGUGCCCACGAGGAAAGCACCAAGAAAGGCAACAUGAAAAGAGAGAACAAGGCCUACUCUUACAAGGACCAGAUCAUUGAACUGGAGUUAAAGGAGGAGCUUAAAAGGAAAAAAGGCAUCACAGAAGAAGUGCAGCUUACCAGCAAACAGAAGGAAAGGAUGCAAAACCAGCUUGAUAAGGAAUCUUCUAUUCGAAAAAGACUUCAAGGGCUGGAUGCAGAUUUGCAGAGUGUGAUUGGUCUGCUGGAAGCUGUUUUGGUGGAGAAACCAGCUCAGCUCACCAGGGAGUUGCCCGCUGUCUUCCAGGUCCUACUGCCCCUGCUACAGUCCCCUCUGGCUGCUCCAUGCAUCCAGCAGGUCUUCCUGGACAUCGGAAAGGGCCUUAUGCCCAAGCACCUUCACUAUCUAGCUGUGCUUGUUGGUCACGUGACUCUGCGGCUGCUGAAGCCGGAGUGUGAUCUUGACGAGGCCUGGGGGCAGGAGGACCUCAACACUGCAGCUGUUCGUACUAUAAUGCUGCUGCACAACCAAACUGUCCCACAAAGAGAGAGCAAAACCGGUGAUGUUGCUCCACUGUCUGCGCCAGCUUUCUCCUACUGCUUACCCCUCCUCAACGCCGUGAUCAGGGAGUCUUCUGGCAGCACCGAGGAGGCCGAGAACAUAAUGACCAAAGCCUUACAAGUCAUCAAAGAACAUUCGCAGCUGAGGGCCGAAACGGACGCUGAUGACAUUGCUAUCGAUGAGAAUGGGCCUGAGCUGCUCCCACGUGUCAACAUGUUCCUGCUACUGAUCAGAAUUAUUUCCACGGCCACCCCAAGAAUCCAGGUGUUGGCAUCUCAGUGCCUGAUAGCUCUGUCUGUCAGUGCUGGAGGAGGAGAUGGCUGCACUGUAGCAGAGCAGCAAGAGAUCGAUGUCCUACUCGAUGCCCUGCUCUCACCCUGCUUCUCUGUCCGGGACUCUGCUCUCAGGGGUUUGUUAGAGAUGGAGUUUGCCCUCCCUACAGACAGCACAGAGGAAUCUGGUCUGAAUUUACUCCGCAGGCUUUGGGUUUCCAGGUUUGAUGUUGAAGAGGAGGGACGGGCCUUAGCUGAAAAACUCUGGGAAUCUCUGGGUCUGGAGCUGGUCCCUGAGCUCUGCUCCCUGCUGAUUGGAGAUGUCACCCACCAUGAGGAAGCUGUCCGUUCUGCUGCAGCCGAUGCGUUGUCACAUGCUGCAUCUGAGUACAGAGACCAGUGUGCUACAGUGCUCAGUCAGCUUACCGAGCUCUACCAAAAGAAACUCUAUAGACCACCUCCUGUGCUUGAUGCCCUGGGCAGAGUUAUCUCUGAAUCUCCACCUGACCAAUGGGAGGCCAGGUGUGGCAUUGCUGUGUCUCUGAACAAGUUGUCCCAGUACCUGGAUGAAGCUCAGGUCACCCCGCUCUUCCUUUUCUUUGUUCCUGAUGCUUUGAACGACCGCCACACUGAGGUGCGGCGUUGCAUGCUGGACGCAGCCCUCUCCGCACUCAAUACACAUGGAAAGGACAAUGUGAGCUCUCUGCUGCCCGUGUUUGAGGAGUUUCUGAAGAACGCCCCCCAGGACGCCAGUUAUGACUCUGUCCGACAGAGUGUGGUUAUUCUCAUGGGCUCCUUGGCCAAACAUCUGGACAAAAGUGACCCCAAAGUCAAACCCAUUGUGGCCAAGCUCAUAACAGCACUCUCGACGCCUUCUCAGCAGGUCCAGGAGUCUGUGGCCAGCUGUUUGCCUCCCCUAGUCCCUGCCAUCAAGGAAGAUGCUGCAGGGAUUGUGAGAAACCUGCUGCAGCUGCUGCUGGAGAGCGACAAAUACGCAGAGAGAAAGGGAGCAGCUUAUGGACUGGCUGGCCUGGUCAAAGGUCUCGGGAUCCUGGCGCUCAAACAGCAGGAAAUUAUGAGCACACUGACCGAUGCCAUCCAGGACAAGAAAAACUUCAGACGAAGAGAAGGAUCACUGUUUGCUUUUGAGAUGCUGUGUAACAUGUUGGGGAAGCUGUUUGAGCCAUACGUUGUUCACGUGCUGCCACACCUCCUGCUCUGCUUUGGAGAUGGAAACCAGUAUGUCAGAGAGGCUGCAGAUGACUGUGCCAAGGCUGUAAUGAGGAACCUGAGUGCCCACGGAGUGAAACUGGUGCUGCCCUCCUUGCUUGUGGCUCUGGAGGAGGAGUCCUGGAGAACUAAAGCAGGCUCAGUAGAGUUGCUGGGCGCCAUGGCUUUCUGUGCACCCAAGCAGCUGUCAUCCUGCCUGCCCAGCAUUGUGCCCAAACUGACGGAGGUGCUGACUGAUUCCCACGUGAAGGUGCAGAAGGCUGGCCAGCAGGCCCUUCGACAGAUCGGCUCUGUCAUACGUAACCCUGAAAUCCUGGCCAUCACACCAAUCCUGCUGGACGCCCUCACUGAUCCAUCUAGACAGACCCAGAUGUGCCUGCAGACACUGCUCGACACCAAGUUUGUGCACUUCAUCGAUGCUGCCUCGCUCGCCCUUAUCAUGCCCAUCGUCCAGAGAGCCUUCCAAGAUCGCUCCACUGACACUCGCAAGAUGGCUGCUCAGAUCAUUGGCAACAUGUACUCCCUCACUGACCAGAAGGAUCUGUCGCCCUACCUGCCCAGUGUUGUCCCCGGACUGAAGGCUUCUCUGUUGGAUCCAGUGCCUGACGUACGUACUGUGUCAGCCAAGGCCUUGGGUGCAAUGGUGAAGGGGAUGGGAGAGUCCUGCUUUGACGACCUGCUGCCAUGGCUUAUGGAAACACUGGCCUCUGAACAAAGCUCUGUAGAUCGCUCAGGAGCUGCUCAAGGUCUGGCUGAGGUUAUGGCCGGUCUUGGAGUGGAGAAGCUGGACAAACUGAUGCCAGAUGUGGUGCAAACAGCCAGCAAGAUUGACAUAGCUUCCCAUGUCAGAGAUGGCUACAUCAUGAUGUUCAUCUACCUGCCACUGACCUUUGGAGACAAGUUUACCCCUUAUGUUGGACCCAUCAUCCCCUGCAUUCUCAAGGCUCUGGCUGAUGAAAAUGAAUAUGUGAGAGACACAGCACUGCGUGCAGGACAGCGAAUCAUCAGCAUGUAUGCUGAGACCGCCAUCGCACUGCUGCUCCCUGAGCUGGAACAGGGCCUGUUUGAUGACCUGUGGAGAAUCAGGUUCAGCUCUGUGCAGCUGCUUGGAGAUCUACUGUUCCAUAUCUCUGGAGUAACAGGAAAGAUGACCACAGAAACGGCCUCUGAGGAUGACAACUUUGGAACAGCUGCAUCUAAUAAAGCUAUCAUUGGUGCUCUUGGUGCUGAGCGGCGUAACCGCGUCCUCUCUGGCCUCUAUAUGGGCCGUUCAGACACCCAGCUGGUGGUUCGACAGGCUUCACUCCAUGUGUGGAAGAUCGUGGUGUCCAACACUCCCAGAACUCUUCGAGAAAUCCUCCCAACCCUCUUCAGUCUCCUGCUGGGUUUCCUGGCCUCCACCUGCCCAGACAAGAGAACGAUUGCUGCUCGCACACUGGGUGACCUGGUGAGGAAGUUAGGAGAGAAGAUUCUCCCUGAGAUCAUUCCCAUCCUGGAAGCAGGCCUGCGCUCUGACAAGAGCGAUGAGAGACAGGGCGUCUGCAUCGGCCUCAGUGAAAUCAUGAAGUCCACGAGCAAAGACGCGGUCCUUGUCUUCUCUGAAUCACUGGUCCCCACAGUGAGGAAGGCUUUGUGUGACCCACUGGAGGAGGUGCGAGAGGCUGCAGCCAAAACCUUUGAGCAGCUCCAUGCAACCAUCGGUCACCAGGCACUGGAUGACAUCCUGCCCAACCUGCUCAAACAACUGGAUGAUGAGGAGACGGCUGGAUUUGCUUUGGAUGGUCUUAAACAAGUCAUGGCUGUUAAGAGUCGCUCUGUGCUUCCAUACCUGGUUCCAAAGCUCACUGCGCCUCCUGUGAACACCCGUGUGCUGGCCUUCCUGUCCGCGGUGGCUGGGGAUGCUCUGACUCGCCACUUAGGGGUCAUCCUGCCUGCUCUGCUCUCCUCCCUCACAGGAAAGCUGGGAACAGAUGACGAAGCACAGGAGCUGUGCAACUGCCAAACAGUGAUCCUGUCAGUGGAAGAUGAAGUGGGUCAGCGUAUCAUCAUAGAGGAUCUGCUGGAGAACACACGGAGCGCCGACCCUGGCCUUAGACAGUCCGCCAUCACUAUUCUCAAUGCUUACUUUGCUCGUACUCGCCUGGACUACAGUAUGCAUACACGCACUUUACUGUCCGGCCUCAUCCGCCUCCUCAAUGACACCAAACCUGAGAUCCUGUGUCAGAGCUGGGACACCAUCAACUCCAUCACCAAGAAACUGGAUGCAAGCAGCCAGCUGGCUCUAAUUGAUGACCUGCAUCGAGACAUUAGAUCAGCAGCUGCUGACGUGAAGGGUCAGCACCUACCUGGUUUCUGUCUGCCCAAGAAGGGUGUGACCUGUAUCCUGCCUGUCCUCAGAGAGGGUGUCCUCACCGGCAGUCCCGAACAGAAAGAAGAAGCAGCCAAAGCAUUAGGAGGGGUCAUCAAACUGACCUCUCCCGAGGCACUGCGGCCCUCUGUUGUCAACAUCACUGGACCUCUUAUUCGUAUCCUGGGAGAUCGCUUUGCCUGGACAGUUAAGACUGCUCUGCUGGAGACUCUCACCCUGCUGCUGGCAAAGGUGGGCAUUGCCCUGAAGCCCUUCCUCCCUCAGCUGCAGACCACCUUCCUGAAGGCCCUGCAGGACUCGAGCCGUGCCGUGAGGCUGAGAGCGGCUGAGGCUCUGGGCCAACUGGUUGCCAUCCACACCAAAGUGGACCCACUCUUUACUGAGCAGCUGUCUGCCAUCCGCAAUGCUGAGGACUCUGGAGUCAGGGAGACGAUGCUCCAGGCCUUGAGGUUUGUCAUCCAGGGGGCCGGGUCAAAGGUGGACCCAGCCAUCCGCAAAAACAUCACCACCACAUUACUGGGCAUGCUGGGACAUGAUGAGGAUGCAACUCGAAUGGCGUCAGCAGGCUGUGUUGGUGAGCUUUGUGCCUUCCUGUCAGACGAGGAGCUGAAGAAUGUGUUACUUCAGCACAUCUUAGCUGACAUGUCUGGUGUGGACUGGAUGGUGCGUCACGGUCGCAGCUUGGCUCUGGCCAUAGCGGUCAAGUCAGCUCCAGAGAGGCUGUGUGGGAAGGAAUACUGUGACAGUGUAACAGAAACCAUUUUGGCCAACGCCACUGCUGACAGGAUCCCCAUUGCCGCUAGUGGAAUUAGAGGAGUGGGAUAUCUGGUGAGGCACAGUCUCAGAACAGAAGGAGGCAACAGUGUUUCCCAGCGCAUCAUCACACAGUUUGUCAAGUGUCUUCAGAAUCAGUCCAGUGACAUCAGACUGGUGUCAGAGCGCGUGCUGUGGUGGGUGUUCAAAGACGCGGAUACACCUUCAAUGGAGAUCAGUCUCAUUAAGCCUGUGCUGAAGAGUCUGCUGGACAACACCAAGGACAAGAACACCAGCGUCAGAGCCCAAAGUGAACACACCAUCGUCAACCUGCUGCGACUCCGUCUGGGAGAGGAGGUCAUGCAGAGUAUGACUGCCAUUCUGGACACUGCGAGUAACGACCUACUGUCAGAGUGUCACCGCCGGUCUUUGAAGAAAAUUGCCAGCCUGCCAGACUCUAAUGAAGAGAUAGAUGACACCAUUCUAACAUGAUGGAGCAGGACUGAGAAUUAAAUGUCACCUGGAGAAAUCAAACACAAGCUUUUGACUGACAUGUGAAACAAGUCUCCACUAUAUGAAAACCCCAGACACACUCACCACACGUGCCCAUGUUGCUCCUCAUGGACCAAAGCUCAGAUGGUGUUUUGACUGACUUAAUACAUUUUCCCCAACAAAUUUCUUUUCUCUUCUUUUCCCUUUUUCAAAAGAUUGUUUUAGUGGCUUUUGAGCCCUUUCUUAUUUUAUCUCACAAUGUGCAGGUUAUUCUCCUGUUCUAAAAUAAAUUCGAAACACACACGGCCAAAUCUUUUUUUGGAUGUUUCAAUGUUUUGCUACUUAUUUUACCCAAAAACGAUUUCAAGCAUUUCAGACAUCACUGUAAUGAAAUGACACCCCUAUCUUUAUUUGACCUUUUAUUUGGACUUUGUGUGUGAGAGUUGUUCAGGGGUAAAGCAGCCUCUUCUAAGAGUAAAGUCAUGCCAAUGUCAGUGAUACGGUUGUAAAAAAAAAACAGAAAAAUAAAAAGAUCUUGAUUUCAUAA